CGCUGCCGCCGCGCGCUCAUGCCCGCGCUCCGCUCCCUGCCGCCUCGGCCAUGGCUGCGCCUUCGGACUACCUUGGUGCUGGAGCGGCUCGGGCGGCUGGCGAGUGCGCCGGCGCGCGGCCGAGCUCGGAGCCCGCGUGGCUGUCGUGGGCAUCAGCGCCUGGGGGGCACCUGCGUGAAUGUUGGAUGUGUACCAAAAAAGGUGAUGUGGAACACAGCUGUCCACUUUGAAUUCAUCCAUGAUCAUGCUGAUUAUGGCUUUGAAACCCCCAAUGUUAAGUUUAAUUGGCGGGUGAUUAAAGAAAAGCGUGAUGCUUAUGUGAGCCGCCUGAACGGGAUCUAUCAAAAUAACUUAAACAAGGCUCACAUAGAAACCAUUCGUGGCCAUGCAGUUUUUACAUCUGAUCCUGAGCCUACGGUAGAAGUCAAUGGUAAAAAAUACACAGCUCCCCACAUCCUUAUAGCUACAGGUGGGCGACCAUCAAUUACCCGUGACAGUGAAAUCCCUGGUGCCAGCUUGGGAAUCACCAGUGAUGGGUUUUUUGAACUGGAAGAAUUGCCCAGGCGCAGUGUUGUUGUUGGUGCUGGAUACAUUGCUGUGGAGAUAGCCGGAAUCCUUUCCACACUGGGAUCAAAGACAUCCUUACUGAUACGUUAUGACAAGGUGUUAAGGACUUUUGAUUCAAUGAUCAGUGCAAACUGUACUCAGGAACUGGAGAAUAUUGGCAUAGAAGUCUGGAAGCAUUCACUGGUCAAAUCAGUUACAAAAUCUCCUCUUGGAUUGUUGGAGGUAACGGUAAUAUCCACUGCACCUGGUCACAAACCCACAGUUAGCACAAUCCCGGAUGUUGACUGUCUGCUGUGGGCCACUGGACGAGAUCCAAACACUGAGGGGCUUAAUCUAGACAAACUGGGUCUUAAGUUAGAUGCUAAAGGUCACAUUAUAGUCGAUGAGUUCCAGAACACCAGCAGGGAUGGGAUCUAUGCUGUCGGGGAUGUAUGUGGAAGAGCACUCCUGACCCCAGUUGCAAUAGCAGCUGGAAGGAAACUGGCACACCGACUGUUCGAAGGCAAGCAGGAUUCCAAACUUGACUACAACAACAUUCCUACCGUGGUCUUCAGCCACCCGCCAAUUGGAACGGUGGGACUCACGGAAGAGGAAGCCAUUUCUACAUAUGGAAGAGAGAAUGUGAAGAUCUACACCACCUCUUUUACCCCCAUGUAUCAUGCUGUAACUCAAAGAAAAACUAAGUGUGUCAUGAAACUGGUUUGUACCGGCAAAGAAGAGAAGGUGGCCAAUUGGUUGAAAGUUUAUUAUUUUAAGCUUGCCAGUCGUGGAGAUGGUAAUAUUGACUCUGCGAGGAAAGUCUUGUCGGGAAAUUCCACAAAGCCUUUUAUCUGAGCCAGUGAAUGAACUUGUAAGUUGAAAUCCCUACAAGGACUGUCUAGUUGCAGUUUGUGAUUCCUGAGAUGGAAGGGGUAAGAACACCAUGGAGACCUCCUAUUGGCUAUUGCCUCUUGUAUGAAGUACUUCCAGGCGACUGAGACAUAAGGUUUAUGGGAUGCAGUUUGGAGUCCUGACUUCCAGCCUCUCGUGGGGGAUUACAAUGGUGAUGAGUGUGAUGGAAUGCACCCCUGUAUUUGCACCCUACACACUCUUGUACAAAAUAUGCCUUGUGAAGUAUCAUCUGAAAAUUAAACUCACUGGUCAAUAAUAUCACAGAGAAAUGUUUGUAGCAAAAUUAUAUGUAAAGUUUAAACAUAAGCUGAAAUCAUGACUGAAGUGUGUUUCCCAGAUAAAUCUGGGCGUGGGUAAACGUGUUUCUCAGACAAAGGACAAGCUGACAGCUCUGGCCAGGUGUCAUCAAAGCUGAUGGGCCAUCACCUGUCAAGUGGCCAUUCUUUGGCAAGAAAGGGGGGUGGAGGCAAGAACAAAAAUAUCUGCAUUUUAGCAAACAGCCACCAGCAGCUCUUCUUUCACCAGCAGACUCCUUGACUCCAACCUCAUAGCGGAAAUGAACUUUAUCUAGGGUUAACCCUCAGGAAAAUGGAUUUCAAAGGGAUACUGAACUAUUAAAAGUGAGGGGGGAACACAUCAAGUUCUCUUGUCCUAUUCACCUCUUGCUCUUUCAAAACCAUCCCAUUUGACACUGGGAUCUUGACCUGAAAUCUGGUCACCUUUGUUGCUGGGACCAUGUGGUAAUAAUUUUAUCUUGAACCAAGUCUAAGUCCCAGGAAGUUAUUUCUCUUGUAACCUUUUCUGAUUUUAAUGCCAUAUACUUAUACUCACUUAAAAUCAAUCUCUUUGUAGUAGGGCUGUCAAGCAAUUAAAACAAUUGCGCUGUUAAUAAUAG